CUUUCAAGUGACACACUCGAGACAACUGCUGCUGAUGGGAGCCGUUCCUCACUGCACAGAAACAACUCCGCAGGCAAGUGUGAGCCAUCGGCAAUGAGGAACAUCUAGAUAAAAUCCCUUUGCCGGUAAAUUAGUCACGUUCGUCCCGUGCGCGCUCUCUCUCUCUGUAUCCCACGCGCAAUCCUCUCUCGCUUGCUAAGAUGAGCUACAGUGCAGUUCCGAAUGCGUUUCUUGCGUUUCAGAAGGAACUACUACGGAGCGGGUGCCCAUUAUUAACACGCCUUUAGCCGCACGUCGCCCGUGCACGCCAUAGCCCGUAGUAUUAGAGCCCACUCGGUUUCGGUGGGUGUUAGCUGAUUCGCCGGAGAGAGUUAACAAUUUGGCCCCAGACGAUGGGCGAUGAUGUCAUAUGCAUCGACUCGGACGAAGAUGAGGAAGCGGAUGAGGCUCCGGUUAGGGUCAGGGAGCCGAUCGGAAACCGUGCGCAUCGGUUUGCGGGUGCACGUGGUCGCACCGGCGGAAGACAUCGGUGGCAGCGACGCAAAGCGCAAAGAGGAAGAAAAAAUGACUUCACUGCUUCGAGCACCAGUAACUGCAAUAACAGCAACGACACACCGCUGGGAAAGCUUCUGAAUGGACUGCGGUGGCUCAGCUCCGAGAUGUACUUCGGUGAAUGGGCGGGAAAAUCGGGCCCAGAUUUUCCCUUCCACGUGGUGGCGCAGCGCGUUCGAUCACUCGUGGCGGAGUUUCAACGGUUCGCUGCCAUGGGACUGCUUACGAUGCCGGAACGCACCGAAGGAUGGCGACAAGUGGUGAGAUUUUUAGUGCUUCUUCGCACGGUGGGGCUCACGGAAGUGGCACCCAAUGAGGAUGUUGAUCCGGGUUGCCACCAUCGAGGGGACGAUAAUCAGCAGUCAAUUGACGGUGUGGGUCGAUCGCGAACCAACCACAAAUCGAAGCCCGGCGUUCAGCAAUCGGACCGCUCUGCUGCCAGUGGUGGUGAAAAAGCGCGACAAACCCGUCGCUACCAGCUGACAGUGAUCGAUAUACUGGCGGACUACAUCCGGUUCCGGUGUGAAUCGGUGACCGGCCUGCAUCCACCCGUCCAGCCGGCCACGCUGCUGCGCGAGUGUAACCGGAUCGUGGGCAGCAUGUUCGUAAUCUUCGACGGUAGCAUGGAGCUGAUGGCGCUGACCCUACUGCGCCUGCCGCCGGACCGUCAGCACACACUGCUGCUCUAUCCCGUGUUUGAGAACGUUCUUACCCAGGCCGGCACGGCCCCGGCCGACUACGACACCAUACCUGGGUACGUCCGGAUGCUGCUUUGCUACAAGCGCUGGAAGUCACUCGUGCACGGACGGGACGAAAAAGCUGCCAUCGAUGCACACGCCAACCGGCUGCUGCCCGGACGCUGUCCAACGGUUCGGCACACCUCCGACCUGUGCUUCCUGCGCCUGCUGCCACCCGUACCGCCCGGUCAGCGGGCGGCCGAAACGCGCUAUCUGCUGGUCAACGAUCUGUUCAAUUUGGAGCACUGCAUUGCACAGUUCCGACAUCAUCAUCGUCGCACAUCGGUGGGCGGACACACGGGCGGUCGGGACGAAUCAACCGCGAAGCAGCAACGCGACAACGGCUCCAAUCGUCAGCGGCAUCUGCAAUCGAUGGAAAUCAGAAGCAAUUACAUCAAUGUGCCGCUGCUGGCCGAGCUGAUCGAACGGAAGGGUCAGCUAUGGUCUCGAGCCGACGCUGGAUGCCUGCAGCAGGAAGCACACUCCAUCAUCGAGAGCUUGCGAUUGAUAUUUCGCAACCGGGCAGAAUUCAUCCAACUGACGCUGCUUCGUGUGAAAUGCAAUCCGGCCGCCGGACCCGCCCUGCUUGGCCCCGUGUUCGAAGCAUUUCUCGGCACAACAGCAGCAAUGGCGGCCGGCACAACAGCAACGACCUCCACCGGCCUGACCAUUUAUCGAUCAAACGAUGUGGAAACGUACGGUCGGCUGCUGCUUUGCUAUGCCAAGUGGAAGUCACUGUACUGGCGGGAGGAGGGAGCGACCGUCGGCGAGCCCACCGAGUGGGCCGACAUCGAUGCAGUCGCACUGACGCAACUGCCGUACGAUUUUCCACGUGCCAUUUGCCCGCGAGAUGCACUGCUGCGACGCAUCUUUCCGAGUGGGGCAAAGUGCAACAAUGCCGCCAACAACGGUGCAGGUGUGGCGCCAGUCGAUGCCAGCAAGCGAAACAAUGCUACGACCCGCACUCUUCUUCGCACACUUCCGAAGCGGUCUGAUCUGCAGGAGCUAUGCUUGAAAUUCGCACAGGCGUACCGUUGCGGCCCGGAUGCAUCGUUACCCGUGGAGGAAGCCUCUGUCCAAGAGCAGCAAGCAACGCACACACCAACGACAAGCUCAGCCGCAUACAAAUCACCGUCCAGCAGCACGGAACGGUCACUUCGUUGGCACUUGAGUGCGGACGAUGUAUCCGGUCAGCCUACCGGCCAAGCGGGUCCGUGCCCGGCUGAAUGUCGAUCGGAAAUGAAGCCGAUUUCUAUUCCAGACAGCGACGAUGCAGACGAAACGUCCACCGGCGGCAAUACCAGCUCGCCGGUCAAAGAAAUCGAGCACAAUAUAGCGGCACAAAUUUUACUGCCGUCGCUACGGUCCACCACAUGCACCGAUACGUACACCGCAACUGGAAUGGACCGACACUCGCCCAGCAUAGCGCCGCCCGAUGAGUUCGUUACGGAUGCUGCAACACCCCCGCUAACAGUAUGGCCAACGUUUGGGGAAUGUUUCCUCAAUACGCCUCCAGCGACACCACAACACGAACUGCCCCCGGAAGCGGGAGAUGAGGAGCAGCAGCAGCAGCAGCAACACCAUCAUCGUCGGAAUGCGCCAGUCAAAAAGUCGUUUCCAAGUCCGAGCUGGACCCGACUAAAGGGUACAAUCCGAUCGGUAGGUCGUCGGAAGAAGCGUACCACUGUGACAGGCAUCGUCAAACGUGCCCUGGUGAAGGUUUUCGCUCACGAUGGAUGGUGGAAUUUUGCCGACAUUCUGGCGGUAAAGAUUCGCAGCCCAAUCGGGACCAUCCAACGGUGCUCAUCAAUAAUGGACAUCAUUGGUACGGGGAAAGAUGCUGUGCGAAACAUGGUCACAAAUGACCGUGUGGAGGUUUUGUCGGCUGAUGCUGCUGAGCCCUCGAGGCUGGAGGACGCGAGCCGACGAUCGUCCAGCAAGGGGGACGAUCGUUCGAAGGAUGAUGCCUUGCUAUGCGAACUUAUCGAUUGUCUCGGUGCAGUUGAUACAAUGCCUUUCGAGUCAAAACAGGGUUACGUUGAUUUUGCCAUACUGCCCGACAAUCUGGGACACGGUGCAGAACGCAGCCAGUCCGACGUGAUGGACGACCAGGCGUCUCCAUCGAGUUGCGGUUCGGGCUGCGGUGCCAUGUCCCCGCUCUUCGCUGCUGAUAGUGAUAAAUAUGUAUUGUUGUUCACCGAGCUAGGGCCCGUUUCCUGGCCAAUUGUAUAGCGUCCUAUUCCCACAAACUAGGAUAGGAUAAUAACGAUUUGAAUGCAGCGUUGCGAUACGCAGCCAUUGUUAUAUUGUAAGCGGCUGGGCGUCUCCAUCGCGGAGAGGUUCCCGCUCCUUGCCACCCUUCUCCACUACCCGCGGAUCGAUAGGUGCUUCCCGGCCGUGACCUACAAACCCCAGCGCGGGCUGAACCUUCGAUCCAACCAAAGCUCAUCGACUUUCAAGGGCUGUUUGUGUCAAUUUCGUCUUUUCAAUGCCCACUGACCUGAACCGGUCGGUAAUGUACAGACGCACGGAAAGCUGUGACACAUCCGUCGAAGCAAUUUAGAUAAGAAAACGCGAUACGAACGAUGGCCUGCCCAAGGUGCGUGUGUAUGUGCCAGGGUGUGCCACGUUCGCCAGUUUGUAGAUGUUAAGAAUGUUGCAAAUGAAGAGCUAAUACUCACGAUUAAAUGUUCUUUCUUCACGCUUUUUUAAAUUAUCUUCAAUGUUGUGUCCUGUAUGUGUUUGUAUGAGCGGCCUACUUACAAUACGCCUCGAUGUGUUUCAAUGUUUGUGAACCAAUUUACUCUUUUCCAUGCCUUAGCUUAGUGUCAUUUUACACUUUAAAUAUACAAAUAUAAAUUCAAUUGGAGAAGAGAAAUAUUUCACACAACUGAAUAUAAUUAAUCUUGGUCUAUAACGUGUCUUGCUUGAAAUUAGUAUACAUUAAAAACUCAUGACUGUUGUGUUUAUACUAAACAACCAACCGAACACUUUCGUAUGGUUUCGUCGGUUCUGUGUUUCAAUGUGCGCUUAAGACAAGCUAUGACGUGCAUUAUUUUGUGUCACAUUAAUUUAUUGGAAAAUGGUUAGACAACGUUGAACAUAGUUAAACGAUAACCAGUUUUUAUUCAUUUUUGGGAGAAAAUAUAUUUGCCUUCCGUUGUUAUCUAUUUUAUUAAAUAUUGCAUUGCAUUGCGAUUGUCAUUGCAUUUACAUAAAUGAGAAUUGAAUAAUGAUUAUAAAACAUUUUAUUUAUGUUGCGUUAUCAUUUAAUUUUUUUCCUAAUGAUUUUACUUUAAAUUUAAGACUUAGAGAAGGGUAAUCAAACAUUUAAUAGUGUUUGGGACAAUUUGAACGAUUAUGAAAAAUAUCUUCAAGUGGCAUGCUGCCUAGUAACAGGCAAAUUAAUUAUCCUAAAAACGCUCUUUAGAGUCACAUAUUAUUAUUAUUUUUUCUUUCCAAUAAUCAAUUUCCUUUCUUGUUUAUUAAUUUUUUUAAUCGUAAUUCGUGCGAUGGAAGCAAAAUAUAGUACAUUUUUAUAAUUUUAAUGAAAAGAUUUCUCGUGCAAAUUAUGUACAUAUUUAUGUAAGCAAGUAUUGUUCUCGGGUCCAAUGUAUUAAUGCCUUUAAAAACGCAUCAGUAGCUAAGCUAAAUUAAACAAAUUAAUAAUUAUUAUUUAUGUAUUUUAUUUAUUUAUUUUUAAUUAUUUAUUUAUUUUCUUAUUUAUUUAUGUAUUUAUUUUUUCAUUUCUUAACUUCAGUUAUUCAUUCUGGAUCUCACUAACUUUCAGAAUGGCUAGUUUCAGCCUAGUACUAUGAAAUAUAUUUUCCAACUUCUGGCAUCGCACUAAUGCAACAAGUUUGAUAUCUUCUGUACUACCCACAAAUAAUUCAUUUUUUUCUCUUAUGUUCCAAUUAGAAAUAGUACAUAGUUAGGACAGAUCGUCAUCAAACCCUUAGUCUUAAGAUCUAAAUCAACCACCAUAAAAGAGCAUAUGUACUCUAGAAGACCACCAUCAUCACCAAUCAUGCCUUUGAGUCGUCACCUCCUAACCAUCAGCAUCAUCAUCACACCCGGUUGGUUCCUGUGUGCAAUGGGCAGGAAGAAAGUUUGCGGUGCACUGGAUGCACUACUUUUGCUGACUUUUCAACACAUUCCUAACCCCAGGCACACGGAAGGAACCCGUUGGUGGUUGCAUAACGAAUUUAUCGGUUUCAGCGUGUUUUACGAGUUUCGGUUUCAAUGGCCAUUGUUGCCCACAGACAGCGAAACUGCUAGCUGGAAGCCAAAGCACUGUAUCAGUACAAUUGAGGGAAGAGAACCGAAGGGAAGAGAGAGAGUCAGCAGCAGGUCAGCGAAACGAGCGCUAUCACUCUAGCCAACCGGACAUCGCUGACCGGACGGCCGGUCUUUACUUACUUCGACUCAACCGCACUACAAAUGAGAAAGAAAGAAAGAAAACACACUUUCACUCACACCCACAAAGUAAACAAACAAACGCAAAGUGGCAAAAAAACGAUAAGAAAUAGUGAAUGCAAAACGAGUGAUUGGGGGAGUGAUGGGAGAAGAGAACAGGAAGUACAGGUGAAAUAAUAUCUAAGGCAUACAUUCUUAAGCAAGGUGAAACCUACUAGGAGGGAGGUUAUUGUAACAAGACUUGACAGUAGGCAAUAGCAAAAACGACGAGAAAGGAAAGCGCACAGCGCACACACUACCGUACCAAAGGUACACCCGGUGCAUCGUUGUGCCCUCCCGGUAUGAUCUCAUAUAGCAAUAGUAAAUGACAGUUCCUGUGGCUAACAAACGUAUGCCGAUUAAUGCAAACAUACCCGACAGGCUUUGCUAGCAAACUAUAGACAGUCCGUUCGUAUAGCGCAAACCACAAACCAUAGCACAAACACAGCAACCAACCUAACCCCUACAAUCAACCAACCACUACUCUUCUACCAGCAAUCAAACAACACCGUGCAUAACCACGAGUCAAAGUCGAAGCAGAAGCAAAGAAACGGCUAGGUAGUAGAAUAAGAAUUAUUGUACAUACUAUGAAGUGAAGCACUCCUACGGUCCCUUCCCGUCUCCUUUUCGAUGGUUUCACCACUAUAGCUAACAGUGACACUGAGAUUGUGCGUAGUGUAAGUAUAUUUGCCGACCCCCGCCUCUGGUACGUGGUAUCGCUGUUGUGGGGGCAAAAACAAAAUUUCUGUACUUUUUUUCCUGCUAUCAAUCACUAAAUGGUGCAUAGUAAUGCCACAAUUCUAACGAACCGAUAACCAAAUAAAAGCGUAUUUGCGUACAUAUUCAUAUUUGACGAUUGAUGUGAAAAA